AUCGCACUACUCAAAAAAUAGGUUUAUGAACCAAACGGCGACGUUGGCAAGGACUGGCACGUCGUUAAUCACAGACAUUAUCCAACCUGCAAAAUCAGCAGCAGUUUCUGGGCUGUGGCGGGAAGGAUCAGAAUCAAUUAACGAGCGUCGUUAAGAUAACUGACUGCCAGAUUAUUUAUUUCAGACCCCCUGUCGACGCGGCUUAUCCCCAACUCAAGCCCUAAGUUCCCCAAAAUGUCUUUCCUCGAGGAAUUCCAAGCCAAUCUGGAAUCGCUGCCCAAUAUUCUGCAGAAGAAGUAUGCCUUGUUACGUGAUCUAGAUAAAAGUUUGCAGGAAAUCCAACGACAAAAUGAGCAACGUUGUGAACAAGAAAUUGAUGAUAUUAAGCAAGGAGUAAAGGCUGGAAAUAUUACACCUGAUACCUCACUUAUCAGAUUCUCGGAUGAGGCGCUUGAUGAGCAAAAGCAUAGCAUUAGAAUUGCAGAUGAAAAGGUUGCAUUGGCUGUCCAAGCAUACGAUUUGGUUGAUACACACAUACAACAACUGGAUCAAUAUCUAAAAAAGUUUGAUGAGGAGCUUCGACGAGAAAGAGAGAGUGCUGCUGCAACUGCAUUGCCUGGUUCAAGUGUUGAUGGUAGUGCUAAAACUGGAAGUGGUAGAGGAGGGCGCAAAAAAACGCGACUGGCUACAGCAACAGCAGCAACAGAAGCAGCAACAGCUGCAACUUCAGCACAUCCUACUGGUAUGGAAUUAGAUUGUCCAGUGGAUCCAAAUGAACCAACCUACUGUUUCUGCCAACAAGUUAGCUAUGGAGAGAUGGUAGCUUGUGAUAACCCUCAUUGCACUAUAGAAUGGUUCCACUUUGGCUGUGUUGGUCUGAAAGAACAACCAAAAGGGAAAUGGUAUUGUUCAGAUUGUGCUGCUGUGAAAAAUCGACGUAAAGGCAGAUAAAGUGGAGUUCUUUGUUCUGGGAAUCAGUGUUAUGGAUUUGUGUAGCUAUGAUGUUUUGGAUCUGUAUAGCUGUGAUGUUGAAUUUAGUUUUUCCUUUUCCUUUUCCCCCCGAAUUGGUAGAUGAUCGCUGCUUGCAUUGGAAAUGAAUUUAUUUUGCUGAACA